UUUUUAAAAUUACUUCAUAGAGACUUGUUCGAUUUAAAACGUUUAUCAAAUUUUGCAUGUGCAACACUGAACUGUCAUUCUUGUCAAAACGAACAGUGCCAAUAGCAUCUGACAGCAAAUUCGUCAACAUGCUUUUGCUAUUGUUAUUGCAGUCUUUAGCAACGUGAAUUUUAGUAAUAAUUACUAAUACUUUUUAUACAAUUUAUUAUGUGAAAACAAUAAUAUAAGAUGAGUGUUUAUCACGAUGAGGUCGAAAUCGAAGACAUGGAAUAUGACGAAGAAGAAGAAGUUUAUUAUUACCCAUGUCCGUGUGGUGAUCGAUUUCAGAUAACCAAGGAAGAACUUAUGGAGGGCGAAGAAGUGGCCACUUGCCCGAGUUGUUCACUCAUUAUUAAAGUAAUAUAUGAUGCGACUAUGUUUAAAGCAGAGGAAGAUGAAGAGACCGUGCUCAAUGAUAAACUGAAAGAUAUGACGUUGGAAAAGCACUGAGAACUGAGAUACGAAAAAUAUCAAUUUCUUUUGUAAAAAGAUUUUUAUAUUUCUGUAAUAUAUUUUAAAUAUAUGUUGACUAGAGUAAACAAUUAUGCCUUCUGUCUGGCUUAUCUUACACAUACAUAUUUUCAAUAUUUUUUGCAGUAGUAAAUUUUUUGUUCAGCUUACAUCUAAAAUUUAAACAUUAAUGGAGUUAAAAAAUAUUAAUAUUCGUUCAAUACUGCAAUUACAUACUCGUAUGUGUAUAUAUAUAUGGAAUAUAGGCUGCCCGUUCUGCCUAAUUUCACAUUAAAAUAUUCAAGCAAAAUAAAUAAUUUCUAGUCUAAAUGUAGAUAUAUCAACAGUUAGAUAAUUUUAAUAACGAAACUAAUUUGUUAUGAUAGGAAAUAAAUAAUGUUACUAAAAUAUAUGAUUAAA